AUGAAUCGACUCAGAGUCCUCAGGAAUUUGACAAUCCCCAAAUUGUUUAGCAGAGUCAGUUGUUUAGCCUUACCUUAUCUAAUUUACCAUAACUAUCGAAAUAAUCCUAUUCAUUGUUCUAAUGAAGGUAAAUCUUAUGUUCAUAUCACUUCCCAGUUCGACAAAUGAAUCAAUCUAUGUUUGUUCAAAAUAUUCUUGGAAAUAGGAAGGAUUAUUUCUUUUUGGUAAUCUACAAAGAAGAAGUGGAUGGAGGAUAUGGAGAGAAAGAAGCUAUUGAAGUAGCUAAAAAAUUGUAAUAAAUAGCUGAUAAACUUUAAAUCAAUUGUAUUUUCAAUUAGCUUAUAUAGGCCAUGUAUAUACUGUGUCUAGACCUUCCUUAAAAUUGAUCACUAAAUUAGUCAAUAGAGUUAAAAAUGUUAAGAUUUAUGAGGAAGAGGAGUUUUAAAAAAUUGAAAUAUAUUUUAAAACACCUCAUUCAGAUGAUUAUGUUUACUUUCCUUUUAAAAAACACAACUUUUAUUAAGAAAAUAAUUAAGCUAAAAUUUUGUAAUACCUAUUAAUCACAAUAGAACGCGAGUAUCGAGAUUCUUUGAUUUGUACUAAACAGUAACAACAAAGGAAUAGUUUUAAUCAACUAUUUUAGAAAGCUAUUAUUAAUUAGACUCUCCUGUUUUCAUAAAAUCAAAUAGUUCUGAUGCUUAACUUAAAUAAUUUAAGAAAAUUUCUUUUUAGUUUUUGGAAAAAAAGACUGUAAAUUAAAACUCAAAAUUCCUAAUUAUAGACAAUAAAGAACUAUGCCAAGAAUUGUAAUUAAAAGACGAUGAUAUAUUAUUGUUAAGAAAUGAUAUCUUGCAAAAAUAUCAAAAUUGCAUCAUCAAUGAAAACAAUCAAAUAAUACCAUAAUUGAAAUCUAAACAAUAAAUUGAUGAAUUGAAAUAUGACUCAUUUAAUGAAUGGAAAUAAUAAAAUACCAAGUCUACAUAAAGCAUAACUACUGAUAAAAAAUAAUUAAAAAAUUAAUUCAUCUUUGACCUCCAAUAAUUUAGUUUACCAAGAAUAUUUUAUUUAAAGAAUAGCAGAAAGUCUAAUAUUGGAGCCUUUGUUAGAAAGAUCCAAAACCAUAAAUAUUAAAAUGAUAAAUUAGUUGUCAGUCUAUAAUUAGAUCCUAAACAUUAAAAUAGAUUGGAUGUAAUUUAAUUUAUUAUUGUUUUAAAUAGAAUCACAUAAGGAUAUCACUAUUCUUUAAGCUCUAUGAGAAAUAUAGGGAUAGGUUGGAGUUUGUCAUAUCAGCAACCAAUUAAUUAGAAGAAUUGCUGCCUCAUCUAAACAAAUUUCAAAGUAAGUUUGUUCUCUUUAAUAUCUUUAAUUCAAUAUCUUAUUCGAAAUAAUUGUUUCCAUAAACUGCAAAACUCUAUGAAAAAUAUUUCCUGAAAGACACUUAAUUUGUGGAGAGAUUUGAAGUAAUUGAUUAACAAUUGAACAAUUUGCUCUAAUAUCCUUCGGAGGAGAGAAUAGCCAAAAUUGAUUAUUUAUCUUAGGAUCUUGAUAAGAUUUAGGAAAUUAAUUUAGAUUAUUUUGAUUUCCUUCAAAGUAACUAAAAUAAAAAUUAACAAAUCAUUUUAUAUUAUUAAAAUGACAUAAUGACAGAGGCAUUGUUAACUAUAUUAAAAAAUCUGAAAACAAAGUAGUUUUAAUACAAUAUUCUAGUUUAAAUAUUUAUACUAUUUCAAGUCUAAAUUAGAUACCAGCUCUUUAUUCAUCAUUUCCAAAUUAAAAUGUCUUGAUAAUAAAUGGCACAGCUAUAGGAUUCCCGAAAGCAUAUGACACAAAUUUAAAUGAGUUAAAUACACAAAUCGAGAAUUUGAUCAAACAAUAUUUAUGA